AUGGGCGACUGCAGCCAUGACGAGUCGCUUGCAAUCUUACAACAACUUCAGGAGGCGUCCACCACUCAACCCGCCCUUCCUCAUUUUUACGAGAAUCUACCAGCGAUACCGAUUCCCAAGCCAACACCAGAGGAAAAUGCAUUCCUUCAUCACGAUAUCGGCGAGAAAGUUGGCACAGCCUGGAACCUAUUGAACGCGAUAGUCAUUCGACAUGAACCAGAAAUUCGCUCUAUAUGGGACAAAAAGUCGGCCAAACGCCGCUUCGCCAUACUUUUAGAAGCAUGGGGUGGCAUCAUGCCCGAAAUGUACAGACCUGAUUUCAGGUGGUUCCUCUCGACGGUUGCAGAAAAUGGGAACCUUGUAUCAGACACGGACAUUGACCCCGAAGAAGUUUUGUUCCUGAAAAGGUCCAAGAAACACACAGCUCUCAUUUUCCCGUACAUUAACCUAGAACACUUGGUCGAGAAGAAGGCUCUGCCGUUGUUCAUAAAUUCUCGAGGCCGUGCAGGUCCAAACGAAUUCUUGCAGUUCAAUGUUGAAGCAACAAAUCUUGCGAGAGCAUGCGGGGAAUUGCGAGCUCCCAAUCUCCACGGGUUUCGUAUCGACAUCGACAAUGUGGAGAACUACGCAGAAAUUGUACCGUCCAGCUCUACCUUCCACAAUUUCAAUCUGACGGCCGGCGAAACACUACUGGCUAUGGAAAUACAUGAUCAUGUCAUGAGAUUUGUCACCAAGUGCUGCCUGCUAAUCCUGAAUCGAACCGACCCGCAAGAUCUGAUGGACGCACCUAUUCUACCAGAUGUUCCAAUUCCCCGAAAAUUGCGAUGGGCAGACGUUUCCUCUAUAAAUUGGGAGGCCCCAUUUGUCAAACCAAUGGAAUUCAAUCACCAUAUGAUAAAAGAUUACUUGCUUGUCAGGAGAUCCGCUGCUGAAGAUCAUAUAUGGGAUUUGCGGGAGAAUCCAGGAUACUUUGCAGCCACCGUCACAGAGUGGAGUGAGCAUUUAAAAGAACGAAUGAACUUUCCCGAUGACCCAGACAUACUCGAGACAGGAACACCAAAAUUCUGGAACGCCGUUAUAAUGGAAGUCAUCUCGCACGCAGUCGAAUCACUUGUCGCCUGGCAUCAAUUGUAUAUACAUUUCAGUCUCAUACAUGAGCGUGUUACGAAGGACGACCCUCUCGCACUCUCAUGGUUUCGCCAACUACCUGAGGACUGUGCUGAGAAAUUACAUAUCUUCGAACUCAUGUAAGCAUUUCCAUGGUCAUUAUAGUUGUGAAUGCCUUCUUAUUAUUUAUCAAUAGGCUAGGAAAAAUAUCGGAAAGGCUAAUGGGUACUUUGUGGCGCGGAUGGCUUGUUUCCCCAUACAAUCGAGAGAUAUAUCGUACGGCAUUAGGUCCCCAUACGAGACCGACGAUGGAAAAUUACAAACUGAACGGUAAUCUUGAUAUCAUCUACCCUCCGCCAGGCGUCACCAACUUGUUCAAAGUAAUGAGCUCAGCAAAACACAGAGAGCCAAAUCUAUUGACCUUAACCAGACUUAUGCACCCGCUUGGCAGAAAUGUCUUUGGUUACAGAAACCUAGUUGAUGACAUGGGAAUACAGUUCAUCACCAACCCAAUGGAGAAUUUACGGGUGUCGCCGUGGUGCAAAAGAAUGUUCACAGAUCUAGGUCUCAUUUCUACGCUUAAGAAAGAAGUCGACAAACACCGAACUUUUUGUCUUCAGACUCCAUUCCUGAGCCGCAAGAAUGGGAUAUAUAUAAGGAGCGCUGCUGCUCAAUCUCUAUUACUUUUGAAAGAGAUGAGACACAAGCAUAGGCUUUAUGAACGACUCGCGGAUCUCGGUACUCCAAUACAGGGCAGAUUUGAUUAUCCUAUGAACAAACCACGAACCGCGGAGGUCGUCAAAAGGAUGCAGCAGUCGGAAAGGAACUUGCAAGCUUUUUGGAAAAAAGCGGACGAUGAAUACAAAGAGAUUGCAGGAAGUUAUCCGCUAGCUGAGAUGGGCGGGAUUCUAGAGUUUAAUUCCAGGCAAAUACAUAGUAAGCCCAAGCGCUCAUUUCUCCCUUUUCUUGGAUUACAAUGGAUCACUCACACUUUAUGAUCUAGGAACGCCAGAUUGGGUGGAACCUGGGAAAGAAGAGUUUCCCAAGGAGGUUUGCAAAAAGAAAGUGUCGUCAGCUGAGGAAAUGGCCGAGAAAGGCGUGUCUAAGAAGAGAAGAAAGAGGAAAAGCGGAAGGAAUUCUCAGAAGACCCUGGAAGAAAAGCCAUCCGACGAUCUUGGAAUGGAGAUGGGAUCAGACCAAGUUAACUGCCAUCCGGAAAUGAGAUGUGAAAAGGAAACCAACCUUGGAAGCGACAAUAUCAAGCCGUCAGCUGACAACGUGGGUGCUGAAAUAGAACCUGUUUCUUUUUCAGAGAGUUCUAAAGGCCCGCAAGAAAAUCCAGUUUCUCGGACAGAAAAUGACACCACCCAAAUUUCAUCUCCAGCAAAUGGGAAUGAGAUAAGUCCCCAAACCGAACAAAUUCCAGUUGGUCCGAUGGAAGAAGCGUCUAUAGACAAGAAUGAACAAACUCUAGAGAGGCAAGCCAAAAGUACCAUUGCAGAUCCCGCGCUCCAAUCGGAAGCAAAAUCGAGUAUCGUGCAAGUAGACAACAGUAUAGAGAAGGAGACAAAAAUUGGGACUGAAAUCACUGCAACAUUACCAUAUGAUGAGCCAAAGACAUUCUCGGUCACGAUAUCCGCGAAUGAUGCUUUUACUCCAUCAAAUGGUCGGGAAGUUGAUCCUAAGACAGAGUCUCAAUCUGUCUGCGUGGAAGCUGAAGCUGUGGAGGGUAACGAAACAGAAGCAACUAAAGAGGAAACCACAGAAGUUGACCAUUCUGUUCCUUCCCGCAAUAUUCACUGCGAAAGCUCGCCUCUUUCUCAUAUUGACGACCAACCCAGCGACACUGCUCAGACAGAGGAUCAGCAAAUAAUGCCUCUCAGUAAAGUGGCCCGCGGUCGCUCACUGAGUGCUGGAAGUCAACCAGAAGCUGCCAUUGCCGUACAAACCAGCGACAUUCUUAAGAUAGAGGACGAAUUCCUGAGACCCCCCAGCAAUCCCUUCCAUGGCCCCUCACCAGAAUCUUGCACCGAAGAAAACAAUGAUGAAUUCAUAUGCAGCGACAGAGAGCAAGAUAAUGAACCAUCCAUUAAUCUGAUCCGUCAACACUCGCCCGUUUCCCUGAGUGAUGUAAAGAGCUACACAGAAGCUCAACCCAUUGACACCCGGACAGAGAACGCACACCCUAGGAAUAUGGUCCGUGAAUGCUCAGCGGGUUCUUGUAGCGAACCAGAAAGUUGUGUUGAUGUCCAGCCCAGCGAUACUCAGGAAGGUGACGAGUAUCCUCGCCGCCUGCUUCAGGAAAGCCUACCCGAUUCUCCUGGUAAACUGCAGAACUCUUUUGACAUGCUACCCGGCAAUAUUAAAGAGGAAGAUAAACAUUCCAGCAAUGUGCUUCUUGACCACUCCAUUCAUUCUCCCAAUGAAUCUCAAGGUGAUUUUGAAAAUCCACCCAACAUUAUCCGCCAGAGAGAAAGCGAGAAUCGGAAACCCGAAUGCACCAUCGAACCAUUCCGUACUGGUUUCCCGGUCAUGAUGAGUGGAGCAAUAUAUUCUGACCGUCCGCUUACAGCCGAAAGUUUCACUCAGAUCCCAGAUUCUGAGUAUCGGAGAGACGUUUGUCCGCGACGAGCUGCACUAGAUUCUCUUAUUACAGAUAAGAUCCCCGUGGAAGGUUCGCGGAACCAGGUUGGCAAAAAAACUGAUGGCAUUGGUGGAAUUGGUUGUCUUGUCAAUACCCAAUCGGAAAAAAACGGCGCAACUAUAUGGCCAUCAAUCGUGAGUAGUUCCAUGGUGUCUCUGAACUCGGAAUCCGAGCAAGAGGUAUGCGUACCAGAAAUGCCACUGGAAGGCUCUACGAUUAACAAUUCCGAGCUCGCCAAACCGUCGUCGCCAGCAGCCUCGAUAAGCCCAAAUCGCCUUGCUCAAGUUCAUCAAACGUCAAAGGUUGCUCAUGCAAAACCACAAGAGGCUCAGACGAAGUGCAGCGAUGAGUCUGAUACUUUUCGUAUUUCAGUAAAUGGACUCUUCGAAGAAAAUACCACAAGUGAUACUGAGGAGUGGUGGUCAAGAGCGAUAGCCGCACACAAUGGAUCCGAUCCUUUCGCUAACUUCCUAGAAUAUCCCUAUCGUGUUUCAGGGAGACCGAGAGGAGCCUCGGUGCCAGCAUUGUUCAAUGUUGUCGAUGAUUAUGAAGGAAGUUGGUAUGAAAUCGUUGAGAACUUACCAGUACGAAGGUUUUCUGACUCCACGCCGAAGAAUGAUUACAUGGUUGAAGGAAUUGAAGACCCAUCUAGCCCAGCUGCUGAAUGGAAGUAUGCUGGGUAUGUAUUUGAGGGGCAAACACUUGUUGAGUCGACGGACAUUGAAAGACGAGAGGGCCCUCUUAUCGCUCGUUCUUCCUCCAGCAGAUCACGUAGCAGAUCGAGUUCCACGGAUAGUGAUGUAUCUCGGUUAAAUUUGAACGAAACGGCUCAAACAACAGAUUUAUCAACAAGCCCUACAGUGAGCUGGUUUGGAUCACCAGAUCUUGAAAAGCUCGUACCUGCUUCGAGUGAGCUUGCAACUCUAUAUGAAGAAAUCAGGGUACUCAAACAGGAAUAUCAGAUAGCUCUUGCGCAUGAAAGGGCGCAAGAAGCCAUGGAAGAGCUGGCAGAAUCGGAGGACCGAAACGACUCCAUGGAAAGUGGUACAGCAAAUUCCAAAGUUGAAGAACAGGCAAAUACCAGUACCGAUGACCAUGGAAGCUCGACUGAUAAUCACGAGACCACCAAUGAUACACCAGAUUCUUCUACCUUUGGAGACUUGACCCACGUUGACGAUUCGAAAAAAAAAAAGAUUCAACCUUUGAUAGCAGUGCCAUGGAAUUUGGUGGGCGUGCGGAGAGGGAAAAGGAUUCCGGCGAUCAAAUGGCCAACCAAGACUGACGUUCUGGAAAACAAUCCCUUUAGACAGCUCCAAGAGUUGGAACCGGAGACUGAAGAAGUCGCCAUGGACGAGGGAUUGCCUGAAAAUGAAAUGGACUCGAAAUCUAUGGCCCAACAUUCCAAAUGUCUUGCUACGAAUAAUUCAGUUAAUUGCACCGAUGCUGAACCUGUUCAAAGUAUGAGUUCUGAGGCGGAACCUGCUUCGAAUGCUGUAGAAGAGGAAGAUGUCUUUUUUGAUAGUAACGAGUCCUUCCCAGGUGACGACGAAGUUGAUCGAGAUGCAAACGAAAAUGAGCGUAUUAAUCCAACAUGCAAUCAUGGUAACGACGCUCCUCCGGGUGCUUCAGAAAACGGCCACAAACCAAAUGUUCAGCAUGACACGAUUUUCACUGUGGAAGAAACUAGUAUCAAUGAAGCGACGGAUAAAAUGGAAGUAAAGCUGGAUUGUCAGGAAUCCUCCAAGAAAAAGCCUGGAAAGUCCUCCAAGAAAUCGGGUUCUGCCAAGAAGAAAUCUGGCAAAGCUUUGAAGAACAAAUCAGCAGAGGAAUUCGAUGAGAUCUUAAACGAGCUCAAAGAAACUGCCACGGGCAUCGACAAAAAACACACUGCCGAAAAGCAAAAAUCCCAGAAAAAGGACAAGAAACCCGACUACGAGAUCUUCUAUGUGACCAAGACAUCCCAUAAAGUCUUGACCGCCCUGUACCACGAGCCAGUCCAAAACCAACCUCUGCCCUCAUUCACAUGGACCGAAUUCUUGUUCGCAAUGGAGGAGAUAGGAUUCACGCCACGGAGUGAGUAUGCGACUCUUUGGCACUUUUGUCUUGCAGAUGUUGGCCUCGGCAUGCAGAUUCAUCAGCCCCAUGGAGGGAUGGACAAGAAGGUGCCGUUUGAGCAGGCGAGGAUUAUUGGAAGGAGGUUGACUCGGCAGUAUGGGCAUGUCAAGGAUUCUUUUCGUAGGUUUGAAGAAUGUGACGAGUAG